AUGGCGAUCUUCAGCGUCUACAUUGUCAACAAGGCAGGAGGCCUCAUCUUCCAGUACGACAACUACGCCCCGAAGACCGAGGUGGAGAAAACCUUCAGCUACCCCCUCGAUCUGGUGCUGAAGGUGCACGACGAGAAGAUAGUCGUCGCCUUCGGCCAGAGGGACGGCAUUAGAGUGGGGCACGCCGUUCUGGCCGUGAAUGGCCUGGACGCGGUCGGACGCACGCUGCCGGAUGGCCGAGAUGUCCUGGCGGUGAUCAACAACCCUGAGAGUUACCCCUUGAACCUGCGCUUCGGUCGCCCGCGCCUCUCCUCCAACGAGAAGCUCAUGCUCGCCUCCAUGUUCCACUCACUCUAUGCUAUUGGGUCUCAGCUGUCUCCUGAGCUCAAGAGCACUGGCAUAGAAGUCCUGGAGACCGACACAUUCAAGCUGCACUGCUACCAAACUCUUACGGGAACCAAGUUCAUGGUGCUCUGUGAACCCCGGCAAGCAGGGAUGGAUGCUUUGCUGAGGAAAGUGUAUGAGUUGUAUGCGGACUACGCCCUCAAGAACCCAUUCUACUCCCUAGAGAUGCCCAUACGGUGCGAGCUCUUUGACCAGAACUUGAAGGCCGCCUUGGAAGCCGCUGAGAAAGUGGGCACGGCAGGGCCGGGUAUAUGACCUUGAGCCGUACGCGACGACAUCACAACUGCAACUACCCUGACCCCGUUCUCUCCCAAUGGAGUCUCGCCACGCCCAGGGUUGCCGUAAUCUCAUUUUUCGUGCUCGGGAAUUUUCCAUGUAAAUUUACACGACAUGACAAAUUACACUGGUCAACACACACUUUUUCUGGCACAAGGUAUUCCAACGGUUUUAAGGUAAUUUUGGGGUGCCGAUUCCAAAUCUGGCAUCAGUUUUUGUCUAUCCCAUCAGGUUUUUGAGAUAUCAAAUAUUGCAUUUUCAAUAAAAACUGCAGAAGAAAAAUAUUAAAUAAAUGUGGAUGUCUACAUAAAAUUAUAUUAUAAAUACACUAUCCUAAAAAUACAGCACCAUAUUUGAACACUAAAGCAGUCACUGACUCGCAACAACUUGCAAUCAUAAGUGACAGAGUUAAUUUUGGGUAAAAGCAAUGAAAAUGGGGUAUACCGAUAGCAUAAAAUGAGAUGUGAUAGAGCAAAUCUGAGAUCAGAUUUGGAAUCAGCACCCUGAAAUAAGUCUAAAACAGCUGCAAAAGUCCAGGCCAGAAAAAAACUUUUUUUUGUUGACCAGUGUUAUAGCAAUAUCGGUUUUCCUUCUAAGUUUAUCAUUGUACUUUGCGUUUCUAUACUUUCAGUACGAAUAAAGGUAAAAAAAGUCAUUCGACUGCAGUUCGCUGUCUGUAAUACAUCUUCUAUUCAUAGCAAAUGUACAAUCUGUACGAUGUGUAUGUUGUAGUAUCACCAUAUCGCGGCAACCCGACACCUACUCACAACCGUUUGUGCUGAUCUCACGGGAUAACUUUGGGCAAUGUAAUUAUUAUUAUAUGUAUAAAUGUUUGCCAGUUAACAAACACGUUUUUAUUUAUGUCUUUUUGUUGGUCCCUUGAAUAAAUUACUUCCGUUUCAGA